AGCUUCCUUGAUAAAAACAUACACACAGAUUCUUAGGGAUACAAUAGCUGCCAGUACCUUUUCAAGAUGGAAUUUGGCAACGGCAACGGCACCGGCACCGACAACUGUAACUGCAACGGCAACGGCAUUCGAAAUGGUAACGGCAUCGGCAACGGCAAUGGCAAUGGUAACGAAAAAGUUAAAGGAGCAAAUGUGAUAAAGAUGAAACCAAUGGACAGUGAAUUGCUGAGAGAGCAAGGUCACAUAAUGGUUGAUUUUAUUGCUGACUAUUACAGAGACCUUCAAGACUCGCCUCAAGAUUUCCCUGUUCUUUCCCAAGUUCAGCCUGGUUAUCUCCGUGACAUGUUGCCUAAUUCAGCACCUGACCAACCUGAAUCGUUGAACGAACUUCUCGACGACGUUACAAAAAAGAUAAUGCCGGGAAUAACUCACUGGCAAAGCCCGAGUUACUUUGCUUACUAUGCAUCAAGCACGAGUGUGGCCGGAUUCUUGGGAGAGAUGCUCAACGCCGGCCUGAGCGUCGUUGGUUUCACCUGGCAAACUUCCCCGGCCGCUACUGAGCUCGAAAUCAUCGUUCUUGAUUGGCUUGCUAAAUUGCUACAACUCCCCGACCAUUUUCUCUCCACAGGACAUGGAGGAGGAGUGAUCCAAGGGACAGGAUGUGAAGCAGUACUUGUCGUAGUAUUAGCUGCUAGAGACAGAAUUUUAAAGCAAGUUGGCAAAACAGUACUUCCACAACUUGUUGUCUAUGCCUCUGAUCAAACCCAUUCUAGUUUCCGAAAGGCUUGUCUGAUUGGUGGGAUACAUGAAGAUAACAUUAGGCUGCUCAGAACUGAUUCGUCCACGAACUAUGGCUUGCUUCCAGAAUCACUUGAAGAAGCUAUUUCUCAUGAUCUCGCUAAGGGUUUUAUCCCUUUCUUCAUUUGUGCUACUGUUGGCACAACGUCGUCAGCGGCGGUUGAUCCUUUGGUCCCAUUGGGGAAAAUUGCAAAGAAAUAUGGGAUAUGGAUGCACGUGGAUGCAGCUUAUGCAGGGAAUGCGUGUAUAUGUCCAGAAUAUCGAAAAUUUAUUGACGGGGUUGAAAACGCAGACUCCUUUAACAUGAAUGCUCAUAAAUGGUUAUUUGCUAAUCAAACUUGUUCACCCCUUUGGGUUAAGGAUCGAUACGCUCUCAUUGCUGCUCUAAAAACAAAUCCUGAGUAUCUAGAAUAUAAGGUUUCUGAAAAAGAUGCCGUCGUGAAUUAUAAAGAUUGGCAAAUUUCUCUGUCUCGGAGAUUCAGAUCAUUGAAGUUAUGGAUGGUUUUACGGCUCUAUGGUUCCGAGAACUUGAGAAACUUUAUAAGAGAACAUGUCAAUCUCGCUAAGCAAUUUGAAGAUUAUGUAACUCAGGAUCCACAUUUCGAGGUUGUCACUACUCGGUACUUUUCACUCGUUUGCUUUCGCCUUGUGCCUGUUGACGGCGAUGAAGACAAGUGUAACCAACGCAACCGUGAACUGCUUGCUGCCAUUAACUCCACCGGCAAGAUCUUCAUCUCUCACACGGCUCUAUCGGGACAAUUCAUUUUACGAUUCGCUGUUGGUGCACCAUUAACAGAGGAGAAGCAUGGCAGAUUAUACAAAAACAUGCCACUAAAUUUACCCGCAACGGCAAUUGUUAAGAAUAUUUUAAAAGAAACUGUUGAGAACUGAGUUCUUGAUUAAAUCUGCAACAAAGAGAAAGAAGAAAUCAGUGAGUCGAAGAACAAAGAAGAAGAAGCAAAACUCAUGUUGUCGGAGAAGAGACGACCUGAAGAGAGGAGUCAAGGAAGGAGAAGAGCAAAGUCAACAUAGACUUGUGUGUUGUUGUAAUGGGCUGCAGAGAUGAAGAAAGGCCCAUUUAAGUUAAAGUAUAAUGGACUUGUGUUUUGUUGUGUUUAGUUGUUAAGAGUUUAAGUGUGUAAGAGUGGUUGUUGAGAGUUGUUGUAGUAGUGUGGCUUGUGUGUAAGAAAGCAAGCCUAUGAUGUGUAAGAGUUAGUAACUAGGAGUGUGGUCUAAUGUGUAAGAGUCAUGAUGGUCUUAAGUAUGGGAGCAUGUGGGAGGUGCAACUAGUAGAAGUAGUAUAAGUAUGAUGUGUGUGUUGUAAGAAAGUAUCUUUGAGAUCCAAUAAAGAAAAUUUAGUCUUUUAUGUUA